AGCAUAUCUGCUUUCACAUAUAAUACAUGGUAUUCUUUCUAAAGUAAAAUAAACUUCUUGUAUUCUUUAUCGUAUACUGAGUUUAAAGCCUUUAGUGUGCCUUAUUCUACAGCCCUUUCUCUUUUUUUUCCUUGACUAUGAAUAAUCCAAAGAAAAACAGUAGGACUAUUUUACCUCUACAUAUCGACACUACCUCUUUUACCAAUGUACAGACACAAAAUAACUUUUUAAAAAGACUCAACAAGAGACAACUACCUAUAUUCAUCUUGUCGACCAUCUUAUUCUUUAGUUUAGUUUUAAACAUCAUUCAGCACAAUCACCAUGUGAUGCCUAUCAAUACACUCGAUCCUUUACCGCCUGUUCCUUUAACAGAUGAUCAUCAUGCUAUUAUUGUUGCUGGACAUGCCAUCUAUGUUGGACCCAAUCAGUUGGCGGAUAUUAGGCAGGAUGAAAAUUGGAUAUUAGAACCUUAUCAACAAGGUGGACAGGUCAAUACGUUUAUUCAGCAUAUACAAAAGGGCAUAGAUAUAUUGAGACAAGAUCCUAAAUCUGUCUUGAUCUUUUCAGGUGGUGAAACGCGUCCUCAUGCAGGACCUCGAUCUGAAGCAUUUGCUUAUUGGCAUAUUGCUCAACUCUUAUUGGAUGAGGAUGAAGAGGAUCAGGAUUUACGUGGACGUAUGAUUACAGAAGAAUAUGCCCGAGAUUCGCAUGAGAAUCUAUUGUUUUCUAUAUGUCGUUUUUCUGAAAUGACGGGUAAUUAUCCUACUAAAAUCACAGUGGUAGGAUUUGAAUUCAAACGACAUCGAUUUGAGAACAUUCAUCGAAUGGCUAUUGGCUAUCCUUCUCAACAAUUUCAAUAUGUGGGUAUUGAUCCACCAGAACAAGAUCCUUCUCGAGAGAAAGGUGAAUUAGUCAAUUCUGUCCAGCCAUUUGAAAAGGAUUUAUAUGGUUGUCAUGGUUCACUUAGACAAAAGAAAAUGUAUCGAAAUCCUUAUAGAAGAAGACAUGCUUAUGCAACUUCAUGUCCUAUCUUGGCACCUCUUUUAAACUAUUGUCCUUCAAACAAUGCUGUUUAUUCUGGUCUUUUACCUUGGAACUCAUAAUAGAAGAUAUCCCCCUCCCCUCUUUAUUUUUGUUAGACUUACACUUUAUUAAAAAAAAACAUACAGUUUCGGAAUAUCUUUUUUUUUUUUUUUUUU